AUGGUACGAUCUCAUCGCUUUCUGAGCGAGCGUCGGAAAAUUCAAAAAAACCUUUAUCUCCUUAUACUUGGAUUCCUUCUUUUAGUUUUUGGAAUAACAACCGUCUUCACGUGGCUAUCAGUCGACGUAUUGGCAAACCAGAGAAAUGUAGAACUACGAGUCAAACGAUCGACUUCUGAUUGUAUAGCUUCAUCCUCAUCCAAGAAACCUGAAAAUGAUCUCUUUCCGACUGAUUUAUUCAGUCUGGAAACAAGACAACAAGGAGCCGUAAUAUUUCAUUUGGCUGGUCUUGUCUAUAUGUUUAUUGCUUUGGCUGUUGUUUGUGAUGAGUUCUUCGUUCCGAGUUUAUCAGUUCUCAGAGAUUAUUUGAGCAUUUCCGAUGAUGUUGCUGGAGCAACUUUCAUGGCAGCCGGUGGAUCAGCUCCAGAAUUCUUCACGUCUCUCUUCGGCGUGUUUAUAACUCAGAAUAAUGUAGGCAUAGGAACGAUUGUUGGCAGUGCCACCUUCAAUAUUUUGUGUGUUUUAGCCUUCUGUACACUUUUUUCUCGAAAAGUCCUACACUUAACGUGGUGGCCAUUGUUUAGGGAUAUGGCUUUUUACUACGUUGCCCUGAUAUUUCUUGUCAUUUUUUUCUCGGAUGAACAAAUUUCGUGGCAUGAGGCACUUUGCAUGUUCCUAAUUUAUGUAUUUUAUGGCUUAUUUAUGAAAUACAAUUCGCAAAUGGAGAUAUUAGUCAAGAGUUGGCUGACAUCUAAUUCAGUUCAGGAAACAGUUGAUGUGAAUUUUAAUCGUGAGCCUCGUCGAUCCAUUCCUUUGAUUCAUGGUGGAGGAGCUCAACUCAGAAAUGGAUUAGCACAGAUGGUAAUUCACGAUGAAGUAGAAGAUGAUACAUCAAGUUCUGAGAGAAGCCAACCGUCAUCAACAAAGGUUAUCCGUGUUAAACCAGCUGAAGAGAAACUGUUCACUCCAACUAACACAGGUACUACCAUCACAACCAUCAGUGGAUCCAUUGCUAGUAGAUCGAAUAAUAAGAUAGCUCCAGUUGAGAUUAUUGAGAAAGAGACGAGCAAUGGCAAAGCUUCGAAAGUGCAAAGUAAUGGAAAUGGCAAUCAAAUCCAUGUGCCACCAUUGGAGAUGGAUAAGUUGUCAGUAUCAUCUAGAGAAGAACAGCCUUUAGACCUGUCAUGGCCAGAAACUACAUUAAAGCAAAUUAUUUAUGUUGGAUUAUUACCCAUAAUGCUCCCGUUGGCAUGCACUCUACCAGACGUCCGAAAACCAACUCUUCAUCGCUUUUUUCUUAUAACUUUCGUAGGAUCCAUUCUUUGGAUUGCUUUGUUUUCAUAUUUGAUGGUCUGGUGGGCGAAUACGAUCGGUGAAACAUUUAGAAUUCCAACUGAAAUAAUGGGUUUAACGAUUCUAGCCGCUGGCACAAGUAUCCCGGAUUUGAUCACAAGUGUCAUUGUGGCGAGGAAAGGUUUGGGCGACAUGGCCGUCUCUAGUUCUAUUGGAAGUAAUUUGUUCGAUAUCUGCAUCGGACUUCCUAUUCCUUGGCUUCUGUUCUUCUUAGUUGCUCUAUUGAAAGGAUCAGAAACAGUCCCCACAGUUCCUGUUGUAUCAAAAGGACUAAUAUGUAGUGUGGGAUUGCUGUUUGUGAUGCUCCUAUUACUUGUUGUUUGUAUAGCUUUAUCAAAAUGGAAGAUGGAUAAGUACUUCGGCUUCACAAUGAUCGUCUCAUACUUAACUUUCUGUAUAAUUUCCAUAUUCCUUGAGACAGGAAUGUUAACAUGUCCUUUACGAGUCUCUUCUGUUUGUCAGUAA